UAGAAUAGUGUUUUAAAUAUGGAUAAUUUGUAUUGAGAGAUUGAUAUUUGACUUUAAUUUUGAUAGGAACAUGUUAUUGUAAAUUUUUUACGACAAAAACCCGUGGGUACCCAUGAACCCGCGGAUACCCAACGGGUUGGGUUGGGUUUGAGUUUUUCAAACCCAAUGAGUUUUACCCCGGGUUUUUUUCGCGGAUAAACCCAUGGGUUUGGUUUUGGCAAAACCCGACCCAACCCGACCCAUUGCCAUCCCUAGCGGAGAGGGAAAGAAAAGAUUUUGCUGUCUCGCCGAGCCAAAGGACCAACUACCACCGCUGACCGGCGAUCCACCGCCUCCUUCACCGUCGUUGACCAUUCCGGCUACCUAUCCAUAGAAAGAGCAUAAGCGAGAAGUUGAAAUUCCGAAGGGAACACAGAGGCGAAUCGGUUUCAAGGUUCAUCUGCUUUCGAAGCUUAUUAUUCGGUAAGAAAAUUUCCCUCCUUCUCUCUUUCCUUUACCAUGAUUGCUUCGUGAUAGAAUGGGAAUUGGUAUAGCGCCCGGAUGAUAUUCGUUUCUGAUUUUGAUGCUUUUAUUUUGCAAUUCGAAUCGUUGUGAUAGAAUCGGAAUUGGGGAUUUUGGUUGCUGCGGGGAACUGGAGAAAUGGCUGUAAGGCAAAGAGCAGUGACCGCUUUACCCAAGCUGAUACAAAGUCUGCGGAAGGAAUGCCCUAGGCCUUCACCGCUAAUCUCAGCGCCUAAUCCAGCUACGGCGCUGCCGUCUCUCAGGCGGGCGUUCUCUCUUUAUGAUCAGAUCAAUCUCAUUGACAAUGUCCCAGAAGACCAACUGCGGUUCCAGCGUUAUACGGACACUGGGUUUACGGUGAAUGGGGUUCAUUAUGAAGGUAGCUUGCUUUGCAUUGGCAACUUGCUCAUGUCGUGGGCGCCCAAAUCAUUAUCCCAAAUUACACCAGAGAGUUUAUCCAUCUUCAAGAUUUUACGCCCUGUACCAGAGAUCUUGAUUCUUGGGUGCGGAAAAUACAUUCAGCUGGUGGAUCCUGAACUCAGGCGCUUCAUCCGGUCCACAGGCAUGAAGCUGGAAGCAGUUGAUUCGAGGAAUGCCUCUUCUACUUAUAACAUACUGAACGAGGAAGGAAGAAUGGUGGCUCUUGCAGUUCUCCCGUACGGAGUUUCUUCGUGAUGCCAUGGCGAGCUCCACGCCUCGUGUUCUGGUGCCCCCUUUGUUAUUGGUCUUCUUGACCACUUGAUCAAAGGUCAAAUUUUCAAUUCAUGAGCAUGUACAUUGGGCGAAUCCAGGACAGUUGUUAUUGAAUGAUUUAAAGGGAAAAAUGGUGGCUAUUAUGGCCAGCUAUUGAUGUGUGAUUUGAUUGUAGAAGGUUUCUCGCUCACUCUUUGUAUGAUCUUCUCUAAUAAACUAACAGGGGAACGUUCUUGAAGCCGUGAUCUUGUGAAAGAAUAGUAAUGGGAUCGAGCAUCGAUUUGUCAUCUUAAGAGGCGUUGGUGAUUGUAUUCCUUUUGAAGCAAGUUAACUUCGUUUUUUGGAACCAAGGGAUAUACCAAUUUCGGAGGUUUUUCUUGUACAUCAAGCAAGUGACUUAGCUUGCUUAUGUGGCACAAUAAAUUUACCAAAUAGGUAUAUAUUUCCAUGAUAAUGACUGGAUUAUAACUUCACCUUGGUUUGAUUAAUGAAUUUACCAAUUACAUAAAUCUCUUAUAAUCAAUAUUACAACAUAAAGAUCUUAUAGGUGUUAGUAUUAAACCAAAAGAAAUAGAGGAAAGCGUGGAUGGCGAUUGAUGAGCUCGAGUUGAGAGCUAUAGCAUUUUAGCAUUACUGGUUGAUUUAUAAAAUUUAUAAAAUUACGGAGCUGACUUCGAGUAGAGAGAUAAUAAUAUAUAGCAUGUUAGCCUUGUAAAUGAUUAUUAUGAACUAAUAUAUAUUAUUAUAAGUUCCAUGUAAUUUUUUCCCCUCCAUAUCGGUUAUAGUAAAAAUAUGCAACUAGA